AAGCUCUGGUUUUGCAACACUUGUAGCUGCUGAAGUCAAAGUCCUAAAGGUGUUUGCCUUACCUAAAGUCAUAAACACUUGUUCCCACAUAUGAGUGCGCAUGCACAAUCAAAUACAUGGGCACAGCAUUUACAUUUCUACUGUUUGAAACAGAAUGGAGAAAUACCAGCAGUGAGAGAGGUCUGUAGCACUUACGAGAGGAGCAGGGACCAUGUAGAAGGGUUUUCUUGUGUGGUUCUUGGACUUCAUUCAGUUGUGAAUUUGGGAGUAAAAGAUAUCAAUGAAUUCUGACGCCGAAAGCACGAUAGAAGUUUCUAGAAGUAGCAGGUCCGCAUUUGAUGAUGAUGAUGAAGAAGAAGAGGAAAACAAAAGCUGUGCUGUGUGUGGUGAUAAAGCAACAGGAUACCAUUUCCAUGCCAUGACUUGUGAAGGAUGCAAAGCAUUCUUUAGGAGGACAGUUAAAAUGGAUCUACAGUUCAACUGCCCCUAUUCCCAAAAGUGCAUCGUGACUAAAAAGAACAGAAGGCAGUGCCAGGCAUGUCGGUUUCAGAAGUGUUUGAAGAGUGGAAUGAGAAGUGACUUCAUUAUGUCAGAUGAAGCAGUAGCCAACAGAAGAGCUGUCAUCAAACGACGGAGGGAGAAAAUGGGGACCCUGCUUCUGCAGAAUGACAGUCCUAGCCUCACCCCCCAACAGAGUGAGCUAAUAGAUUGCCUGUUCAAAGCCUACCAGCAGUAUUUCAUCUCAUAUUUCCCUAAGAUUGUUAUAGUAAGGGACAAGCAACAAGACAUAACAGAUUUGUCUGAAUCCAGCUGCGGUCAGCAUCUUUCCUCUGCAUCACCAGAUGGAAGUGGGCAGCAGUCUUUGUCCCCAUUUGUCAUUGCGCAGAUGGCAGAAAUAAAUACAUUCUUUACCAUACAGGUGAUCAACUUUGCAAAAGCAAUCCCAGCAUUUCGGACAUUACCCAUUGAAGACCAAAUUAUACUGCUAAAGGGGUCAGUGUUUGAGGUGUCUGAGAUAAUAAGCACCACAGUAUUUGACGUAGACACCUGUACCUGGGACUACGGAAAUGACCGAUUCACAAUUAAGGAUGCCAUUGAUGCUGGAGUUCAGCAAUUCUUCAUUGAAGAUGUUAUUAAUUUCCAUAAGAAGCUGCAUAUCUUGAAACCCCAUGAAACGGAGUACAUCCUAAUGGCAACUCUCUGCAUUUUUGCCCCAGAUCGACCAGGCCUCCUACAGAAGGACAUAAUCAGCCAAGUGCAGGAGGAGUUGGCAGCUACACUGAAGGCCUAUAUUGACCAGAACUAUCCAGUUACCAAAAAAAGUAUGCGUUUUCCUGUACUCCUGUCCUUCCUGACUGAGCUCCGGAGUCUGAAUGAACUGCAUAGCAAACAGAUCCUACUUCUGCAAGAGGGACUAUGGACUCCUCUUCUGAAAGAGGUUUUCAGUUAACCUUCAAACGCAUUUCACCAAAAUAUUUCAUUUGUAUAUCACCACUUCAUAUACCAAACUUUUCUGCCACUGAGGGGGAGAGAGAGUGUGAAACAACAGUGGCUUUCAUGGCUGGCUGCAUUUAGCCACAGUUACUCAGUUUUGCCUCAUUAAUGUAAUAUAUCAAAAAGUAUACUGUGAAUAAAAACUAAGAUUCUGA